AUGUCUGGAAGAGGAAAGGGUGGCAAGGGUCUCGGAAAGGGAGGAGCAAAACGGCACCGUAAAGUUCUGAGGGAUAAUAUUCAGGGAAUUACCAAGCCGGCUAUUCGCCGUCUCGCAAGACGUGGUGGUGUUAAGCGUAUUAGUGGUCUCAUCUAUGAAGAAACCCGUGGUGUUCUUAAGAUUUUUCUUGAGAACGUGAUUCGUGAUGCUGUCACUUAUACCGAGCAUGCUCGCCGCAAGACUGUAACUGCUAUGGAUGUUGUAUACGCUCUCAAGAGACAGGGCAGGACCCUCUAUGGUUUCGGUGGAUAG